AUGAGCCUGACAGUGGAGAAUGACCACGCUACUGUCGUCAGAGUGAAGAAUGGCUUUCAUUCUCCUGCUGCUGGUGGCUAUUGCGAUCUGAAGCUCUUCCUUCUGAUUGCUCACGACAAGCCUGAAGAUGGGGCAAUCGUAGGCUCAAAGGUGACCUAUGAAACUGUCCAGAAGGCUAAGUGUGAUGCUCCAGAGGAGUCCGCAGGUAGCAGCAUUUUAAGGCCUUUGCCUGAAAAGAUACGGAACGAAAUUGGUCGAUUUGACCGCGGUCGUCACGCAAACCCAGAUGCUCUGGAAAAUGAUGCGUUUUAUCUACCAGGAUUGAAUUGCAGCCCUGAUGACAUGUCAGUCUUUGACCGUUUGAUGAUAGAAUUGGACUUCAAGGAUUGCUGGCUGGAGACAGGCAUGAAAUUUUCCCGUCAAAUUUGCAUUGGGGAUGAACAUACCUUGGCCACAGCCCCGACUUAUCGUGCUUUGGUCGAACGAGUUUCCAAGGUCUUUGGUGUUCGUGUGGUCAGGACGCUGGUAAAUCUGUAUAGAGAUGGCACUGACUGGUGCAAUUUGCACUCUGAUCAGUAUCACCAGGGUGGUUACCCAAUUGACCUCACAGUGGGUGCAACAUUUGGAGACCCUCGCAGACUAGUGUGGGUAGAGAAGAGCAAUACUCGGCACAAGAUUGAACUCCCACAGCUCAACGGUGAUGUCUUUGCCUUUUCGGACAAGAUCAACAGCACCUGGAGGCACAUGAUUCCGCAAGAAGGGCCUGACUGUGGACCCCGCAUCUCUGUCAUUGUUUGGUGUGACCGCCACAAGUCCACAGCAGAUUGGAUGGGAGCCCUGGGUAGUUUUCCGCACAUGCUUCAUCACAACCCCAAGAAGAAUGGCAACGAUUACGAGGCACAGCCCGGGUCUCGGCCACGCAGGCGGAGAGCAGCUCCCAGCAUGGGACCCAUCAGGCCACAACGGUUGCAAAGCUUGGAAGAUGAUGAGCUUGAAGAAGCCGUUGACAGUGCACAGAAAGCAUUGACUCUGCAAGGCGCGCAGCAAGUCUUUGCAAUUCUGCGCGGCAUCAAGCUGAUAGAAAAUCGCACUUGGGCGAUUCCCAAAGGUUGGUAUGCACUCCAUGCAGGUGCACAAAUGAUCAAUGAUGAGCGUGCCAAAAGAACCUUAGAGGCCUGGCCAGAAGCACCUCCUGAAGAAGAGCUUCCACACAGAGCCAUUGCUGGCCUCAUCUACAUUGAUCAGAUUCGAAAACCUCAGGAAUGUAAAAGAGGAUACAUCUGGGCACGUGGGCCAAUUUGCAAUGUGAUCUCCCGUGCGGUGGAGCUCCCCAGACCUGUGAGGUGUCGUGGGGAUCGAGGUUUGUGGGAGCUGGGUACAUUGAAAGAUCGUAUCCGCUCAGAGCUUGCAAGGUUCGGAUAUGUUUCGGACCCCUUUGAGUCCAAUGACGGACUUGACAAGGAGGUGAACGAAUUUGCAGUCAGUGUGGCUCGCCUCCCCACCUUCAAGAAGGUCCGUGAUGUCGUGUUCUUGAUUGAGAAGAAAAGGGAAGGCAUCGCUGCAACACGCUCCAAUGAGACCACAUCCAAGCUAUCGCAUGCCUCCUUGGUCUCCACAGAGGUGCAGACUGAAGAGACGCGGCUUGCUCAAGGAAUCUGUGGCGUGUCCGAGACAGGGGCAACCUUUACUUCCACCUUCAGCCUCGGCCUGGAUGAAACUCUUCCAGAGCAUGGGGAGUCAGAGAUUCUGUGCGAUGACGAGGAAAAGAAAGCCUCUAACAGUGCGAGCCAGACCGGACAGCUGGUUUGUGCGCAAGUAGAGUAUUAUUUUUCAGAUGAGAACUUGCAUCGCGACAAAUUCUUUUGCGACCUUAUUGCUCGUGAUUCUGCUGGCUGGGUCAGUUUGGCGCCCAUCAUGCAAUGCAACAAAAUCAAAGCAUUCAACAUCAGUGAAGAUGAAGUGUUGGAGGCAGUUCAGGCCUCAGAAUGGUUGGAAAUCAAGAACAGGCACGUUCGUCGGAGGAUUCCCUUUGAGCCGAGAAAUAGCCAGAAAGGAGAAGGCCGAGAAGGGGCAAAUCCCAAAGGAAAGGGCAAAGGUAGCAAAGGCAGCAAGGGAAAUUCCCAGGACCUGGCUCGGGCAGCUCCUGUUGUGGACCCCUCUGGCCCUUGUGGAUACUUUAUGGCUGGCUACUGCAACCAUGGAGACUCUUGCUUGACACAGCAUUCAGUGCCUUAUGCCAUGGCCAUCAGACAUGAGUGGCUGAAUCCGGGAGAUCCGAGUGCCAGAAAGGAGCUCCAAUCAGCUGCCGCCAAAAUUCUGGGUGAGGGCCAGGCGCGUGAUUUGUUCACCCGGGUCUUUUCACACAAGAUUCAGAUCAAGGCGGUCAAGGGGAAAGAUCCAGCGACUGCAUCCAAUGCAACAUGUGCAACCAACAUUUCUGAUCUGGGCUUUGAAUGGAGCACCGGAAGCACCGGAGUCGAUACUGAAGCUCCUGCCGAGAAGGCACACCGUUGGAGCCGACGUUACCGACCAGAGUCAGAGGCUGAUGUUCCGACAGUGACACCGGCACAUAAAGCGCAUCAAGUGCCAAAGAUACGGUAUUUCCUGGUGUUUGACUUGGAGGGCAAGUAUGAAAUCAUUGAGUUCCCAGUCCUUCUCUUUGAUGCAGUUGCUGGUUGUGAGAUUGGACGUUUCCAAAAGUUCGUCAGUCCGAAAGACCUCUUCAAAGGUUGUCCACUCACUGACACGCCAGCAGAGCCGUUUCCUGCAGUGCUGGAAGAGUUCAACUCUUGGCUGAAAAAGAUGGUGGGGAAAGGCUUGCGAGAAAUGGGCACGGACAGCUCAGACAUGGUCUUCGUGACUUGCGGGGACUGGGACUGCAAACAUGUGAAGACACAGUGCAAGAUUUGGGAUGUGCCUACUCCAUGGGCUUUUUCUCGCUGGAUCAACAUUAAGCGAAGCUAUCAUGACCACUAUGGUGGUGAAUUCCGGGGCAUGAAGAGCAUGCUGGCCAGGCUUCGAUUGCUGGAUAAAGAUGGCUUUGUACAGGCGACCACCUUGCUGUUGAAAAAGGCAUGCGCUCAAAGCAAGCUGCCGAUAGACCCUUGUCGCUUGGAGGAGCUGGUGGCUGCACGCCUUAGCAAGUGGGUGUAUUGUACAGAUGGCAUCUCAGAGCCCAUUCCUGAACUUCCUGGUGUUUCUUUGUCAGCUGGAUGUGUCAGUGAAGAGCUUCAGACCGGAAGUGUCCGGGUGGCUUUGGUCACAGCGGAGCUUCCUGGUGAUCACAAGACACUCUUCGUAGUUUUCAAGGGAACUUCGUACUUGUUGGACGUGGUGAACUGGAACAUGGAGCAUGACUACGAAGUCAUUGGAGAUGGGAACCACUUCAUGCAUAAGGGUGCUGCUGGAAUUAUGAGGAACCUCUUGUUCAUGAAGGUGAAGCCUGACUCGGAUUUUGCUCGGCGACUAGACGAGGCUUACAAAGACGGAGUUCGCAACUUUGUUCUUGCUGGCCACUCACUGGGUGGCAUGUAUGCAAUGGCUGGAAUGUACUUUGCGUUCCAAGACCUGCAGAAUUUGCUGCCGGAGCGUUGCCGCUUGCGUGGUGAUGCGCGAAAAUUGCUGCGAUCAAUCCGCUGUGUGACCUUUGGAUCUCCAAUGUGCUUCGGAGCUGACUCCCCGAGUGACGAGUUCAAGUUCGCCAGCUUUGAGGCAUUUGCUAAGGAGCGUGCGGUGAAUUUCAUCAACGGAGGUGAUCCAUGCCCUCGUGCUUGGUCAGUAUCAGAUCCUCGAGAUAUCGUCCGGGAAGCAGCUGAAUACUUGAAAGAACAAGCCAAGGAGAGAAACAUGGUAAGUGGCCGCAUUGCUGCCAAAGUGAUUCAAGCAGCAACCAGCGCCUUUCUGGCCCGGGAAGAUACGAAUCAUCUCGUUGGAUCUUCGCAGGGCUUCAAGCACGUCUCUACAAUUCGGCUGCUAAGUCGCGAGGAUCGAGAGCAAAUGCACUGGAAGCGAGACUUCUGCCUAACUCGUCGCGGCUUCGAGGACCACAUCAUGGCCAAGUAUUGCGAUCUCCUGUUUGAUGCCUGCUAUGCCACUGAACCUACUUGUCAUGUAUACAACGAUGAUGAAUAUGGUACCAAACUGAUCGUAACUCGUGUCCGGCCAAGCUUUGUUCAACGACUCCUUUGGUCCAACUCCGCGUCAGAAGUGCAAGCUGCUCCAUCGGAGCCUCAAGAGCCUCAAGAGCCUCAACAAGAACAUGAAGCAGGGCCCUCCCUCCAGGACCUCUUGAAUGCUCUGGAUGCUGACAAAUUGGAUUCUGAAGGAAAGCCAGUCGCGGAAGCUUUGGCAAGCUACAAAUCCAAGGUGAUCAGUCAAGGGCAUUUCCACCUGGGUGCCAGAUGGCUCAGCAUGGAAGAUCCCAUCGACCGGGAACUGGUGGUGAACGCCAUCCACAAGUACCAAAACACCUGGCCUGACAGCCUUGAGGCCAAGGGCCGCCUGCAGAUGUCCCUGCGCGAAGCGCAACUUCUGCUCCUGGCUCUUGACGCGUACAAAACGCAGAAGGAACGCCAGAUUGACAUUCCCCGAGCUCGAACAUGGCACUUGCGCCGCUUCUCUGCCUCCGACGUACAGUUGUCACAAGGUUUCUGGAGGAGGCCAUUGCACUUCAGACCAUGGCGGAGAAGCGAGCGAUAG